AUGCUGCCUGCGAGCUUUGGUGGUGGCACGGCAGCCGCACCCACGAGCGGCGCGGCAGCCGCGCCUAGCGCGUGCGGCGCGGCCGCGUGCGGCGUGGCCGCGCCAGACGGGGGCCUGCUGCUGCAGCUGUCGGAGGCGAUCGCCGCUGGCGAAGCCGAGGCCGCGCGGGCGCUGGCGCGCGAGCUGGCGUUGCGGCGCGCGCCGCUGGCGGUGGAGCUGGACCGGGAGGCCGCCUCGUCCGCCCUGCGGAGGCAGCUGCAGGCGCUGCGGCGCGGCAGCGCGCAGAGCGUCGAGGAGGCGGUGGCGUGGCUCGCGCAGGCGAGCGCCCUCGGAGGCAUGCCGCUGGCGUCGCUCCCGCGGCCGCCGGGGGAGGCCCAGGGCCCAAGCCUCGCCCCGAAGGCCCGCGCGGGCGACGCCGGAGGACCGGCGGCCAGCGCGGGGCCCACCCGGGAGCAGCUGCUGGGCCUGAUGGAGAGCAUGGAGACCGCGGGCGCCGUGCUCGACGUCGUCAGCAAGCACCGGCCGAGGUUCACGGCCGAGAUGGUCGCGGAGGCGCUCCGCCUCGUGGCGCGCAAGCUCCCCUCGGCGCAGCACGGCCACCACCUUGUCCUGCGGUGGGUGGAGGACUGCGGUGGCUUCCUCUGCAGCCACUGCGGUGCCGAAGUGUGUGGCCGCCGCGAUGCAUGUUUCGGGUGCGACUCCUGCGAAUUCGACCUUUGCUGCCCCUGCCUCUGGGAGUAUCUGAAGAGCGCGCAACCGUGUAUCUGA